CUUAACCCAAACACCCUGUCAGUUUCCCGUUUUCCCCAAAAUAACCGAACUGAAAACAAUAAUCGGAGAAAUGUCGCUGGCACCUGUGAUCGGGGUGGCGGUGUUUCUGGUGAAGGGCGAGACGGUUCUUCUAGGUCGUCGUCGGUCUACAGUCGGUCACAACACCUAUGCGCUGCCCGGCGGCCACCUUGAGUUCGGUGAAAGCUUUGAGGAAUGUGCAGCAAGAGAGGUGAAAGAGGAAACGGGUCUAGACAUCAAGGAUAUACAGUUUGUAACAGUAACAAAUAAUGUUUUCUCUGAAGCUGCAAAACCGCUACAUGUUGUUGCUGUUUUUAUGCGCGCUUCUUUAGCCGAUCCUGAGCAGCUCCCUCAAAACGUUGAGCCCGAUAAAUGUUAUGGUUGGGAUUGGUAUGACUGGAAAAACCUGCCCCAACCGCUGUUUCGACCUUUGGAGACUAUGUUGAAAAAUGGGUUCAGUCCCUUCCCUACUGAAUUAAAUUGAUUAGGGAUAGUUCUCCACAAAUUUCUUGCUAUGGUUGGUUUCACUGGAUUUAUGCUUUUUUUUUUUUUUUGUUACCUAAGUUUGUUUCCAAGAUAAAUGGGUAUUCAAUCACUUUCAAUUUAGGUUUUGAUUGAGACUUAAAUGAUGGUUAA